UCCCCGCAGGCUACGACUUCGCGGCCGUGCUGCAGUGGUUCGCGCAGCGCGUGGACCUCAUCGUGCUGCUCUUCGACGCGCACAAGCUGGAGAUCUCGGACGAGUUCUCGGAGGCCAUCGGCGCGCUGCGCGGCAACGAGGACAAGAUCCGCGUGGUGCUCAACAAGGCCGACCUGGUGGAGACGCAGCAGCUCAUGCGCGUCUACGGGGCGCUCAUGUGGUCGCUGGGCAAGGUGUUCGGCACGCCCGAGGUGCUGCGCGUCUUCAUCGGCUCCUUCUGGGCCGAGCCGCUGCUCGUGGCCGACAACCGGCGCCUCUUCGAGCUCGAGGAGCAGGAUCUGUUCCGCGACAUCCAGAGCCUGCCGCGCAACGCGGCGCUGCGCAAGCUCAACGACCUGGUGAAGCGGGCGCGCCUCGUGCGGGUGCACGCGCACAUCAUGGGGCUGCUGAAGAAGGAGAUGCCGGCCGUGUUCGGCAAGGGCAGCAAGAAGAAGCAGCUCAUCGCCAAGCUGCCGCUGCUCUUCGCCCGCAUCCAGCUGGAGCAGCACAUCCCGCCCGGAGACUUCCCGGACUGCGCCCGCAUGCAGGUGCGCCGGGAGUCCCGCUCGCCGCGCCCCCAAAACGCGCGCUGCGCCCCCAAAACGCGCCUGCUGCAGCCACAAAACGCGCCUUCUCCCCUGGGCGCCCGGGAGCAGCCGCUGCGGAUCGAGCUGCUCCUGCAGCCCCAGUCGCAGGUGCCGCCGCCCAAGGACAUCCUGGCGCACCAGAUUCCCCACGGGAAGCGGCAGCGGCGGGAGCGGGAGCGGCGGGAGCGGGGGGUGCUGCCGCGGCGGGAGCAGCGGCUCCGCGAGCGGCUCCGCCGGGAGCCUCCGGAGCCGCCGCGGCCCCACGGCACCGAACCGGGACGCCUGGACCCGCUGCGGGCCUUCUACGACAUCUGGGCGGCCGACAACCCCCUGGAUCGGCCGCUGGCCGGGCAGGACGCCUGGUUCCUGGAGCAGACCAAGAAGCAGAGGGUCAAGCGCCCGGAGAGGCUGCGGAAAAAGCCCUUGGAAGCGCCGGCCGUGGAGGUGAUCGCCGCCGGCGGCUCCUACAAUCCCGCCUUCGAGGAGCACCAGGCGCUGCUGCUCCGGGCGCACGAGGCGGAGCUGCGGAAGCGGAGAGCCGAGGAGCGGCUGGAGAAGCAGCUGAGCAUCCCGGCCGGCACCGCGGCCCCCACGGCG